AUGAUAAAACCAUCCUACUGUGCCUACACAAUAGAAGACCAUAAGAAGGAAAAUUUCGCUCCUUCUAUAGCAAAAUACCCAAACACAGAUAAAGAUCGUGUGAGCUACGCUACUUAUUUGCAACUUGAAAAAUUACUGGAUUGUCAAAAUCUAAGGUCAGCGGGACCAGUUCACGACGAACAUCUCUUUAUUGUGAUUCACCAGACUUAUGAGCUCUGGUUUAAACAACUUCUUUACGAGUUGGAUUCCAUUAUUCAAUUAUUCCAAAAAGAAUAUGUGGAAGAGUGCGCAAUGCUAACAAUUCUUGAAACCAUGACUCCGUUUGAAUUUAACGAAUUUAGAGAAUUUUUAACUCCUGCUUCUGGGUUUCAGAAAAAUCGUCUUGGUUUACGUCCAAUAAAUCGCGUGCACUAUAACAGAGAGGAGUAUUGGUGUCCCUUUUCAAGCACAGAGGCAGAUUCCAUUCGAAGUUCGGAAACUCUCAACCUUUUUAACCUCGUCGAGCACUAA